UUAUCAGUCAGUCGGGAAGUUAGCAAAGAAUUAUGCACGCAGCAAGAACACUCGAAAAGAUUCAGGGCUAGUCAAAAAAGAUUCCCGGCCCCGGAAGCCCGAUGCUGGUGACGCCUCUGCCAUUCAGUCUGUCGGUAACUGAAGGGACCAACUUACCACAAUAAGCCAUCAUGGGAAACAGGCCAAGUAUCCUGGAGGAGCACGGCUACUACGAGGCUAAAGAAAUUGGCCAGGGAGCUUUUGGUACAGUUUUCAGAGUGAAGAAAAAGGCAGAUGAAAAGGAAUAUGUCAUAAAGGCAGUCCAAAAAUCAGAAUCUGUGAUCCAUGAAGUGGCUGCACUUAAAGUGUUGAAACACCCAUUCAUUGUGGAGUACAGCGACUCUUUUGAAGAUAUUAAGGAUCUGUACAUAGUUAUGGAGUAUUGCGAGGGUGGUGAUCUUUCUCAGGAAAUUCAAAAGCAUAAAGAUACUGGUGGAUAUUUCACAGAAGAUCAGAUCCUGAGCUGGUUUGCAGAGAUCAGCAGUGCUGUGCAACAUGUGCACGAGAACAACAUUCUGCACAGGGACAUCAUGCCACAGAACAUAUACUUGGACAAAUAUGGAAAGAUUCGUCUGGGAGACUUUGGAGUGGCAAAAACCCUUGAAAGAUCUUCAAGCUGUGCACACACUAAUGUGGGAACAUUUCAUUACCAGAGUCCAGAAAGAGUUGAGGGAAUGCCCUACAACAGUAAAAGUGACAUGUGGGCUUUGGGGUGUGUACUCUAUGAGCUGUGCGAGCUUCAGCCUGCGUUUCCACAACAAUCGAUGAGAGACCUCUUCAAUACAAUAGUGGAUGGGCCCAACCCCACUAUCUCUGGACCAUUCUCCACUGAUCUACGGGAUCUUGUGAGGGAUCUUCUUCAGAAGAAUCCAGGAGAACGACCCUCUGCCAGUGAUAUAAUGGCGAGACCCUGCAUUCUUAGGAUCCUUUGCCAAAAGAACAUGGGGAUCCCAGAAGAGCUGAAGCUGAAGCUGGAAGAGCUGAAUGAAGUUGCGAAUGGUUUUGAGCGUGUGCUCAUGGGCACCACCGUAGGCAGUCUGACUGGGGCGGUGGUGGGUGCUGCGGGGGGGAUCACCACUAUAGUGGGGCUUUGUCUCGCCCCUGUCACUUUAGGGGCUUCUCUGAUUGUGUCAGGGGUGGGAAUUGGGAUUUCUGCAGCGGGAGGGGCAACUGCAGCUGCUUCCAACAUCACUAACAUGGUGAAUGAGCGUAUGGACCGUCGCACCAUAGAGAAUAUUAUCCGUGAAUUAGAGGUGAAGAUUCAGAUCAUGCUCACAUGCUUCCAGCACAUUGACAGUGGCUUUCAGAGUCUGGAGACCAGCAGAUCCUUCAAUCUAAGUCCUGCCACACGGACCCUGAGGAGUCUUGGUGGUUUGGCGAAGAUCAGCUCCGCAGUUGAGAUGUUCAGGGCAGCAGCACAGGCUGUUAAAAUUGGACGUGCAGCACAGGUGGUCACUGGGGUAUUCGCAGGGCUCUUUCUAGCUGUUGACAUCUUCUUCAUUGUUGAUGAUUCCAGGGCGAUACACGCCAUGAGACAGGGAGGUUCCACGACAUCAGGUGAAUAUGCACGGCUGGAGAUGUUAGAGGAACCCCCCGAAGAAGCCUCUACAGCCCAGGCCAGUGGGGCAGGCAAGACACAGGAGGCCUCCCCUGAUGGAGCCUCUACAGGCCCACAGGCCAGUGGGGCAGGCAAGACACAGGAGGCCAGCAGGGAGAGAAAGGCAUUAAAAGCCUGGGAGUUUAUUAAAGAGAUCAGGAGGGCAUCUGCUGAGAUUCAGGAAUGGCUGGAUGAAUGCAUGCCUCUAUACUCUGCCAUCGCUGACUAUGAAAGAGCUUACAUGUCUGUCUGAACUAACCACUGUCCAUAAUCAGUGGCGGCAGUUAGUUAGUUUUUAUGGGCCCUUCCUCUAAGACAUGCCAACUCAUAUAACCUACGCAUGCACACAAACACUCAGCACCAUUAGACAGAUAUAUUACAGACGAUACUUUGGAUUUUAUUUUAUAUGAGUAACUUUGGUUAUUGGGACACAGGCUACAUCAUUUGCAAUACUUCAGAACAUUUGUAUGAAUCAAGUCAGAACCAUAGACCAACGUGAAUCCAAUCAACAUGUCAACAAAUCAACUAACAAUACUUUACACAACUAAAGCUGAGACCUACAGGCUGCUCAUGUGUAUGUAUCAGAGAUGUAUCAGAGGAAAAGCAUAAAACAAUAAAUUCACUGAAUGUAUUGUUCACUGUGUUCUUAUGCUUACUUCACUGAAUGCAUUUUUUACAAUAAAAUAUGAUUACAGUUUUUUUACAA